GAUCGGCGGCGACGCAUGCGCAGUCUGAUGCAACGCCCGGUCCCGUUGCGGCCUGUCCUGAGACAUGGCGGUGGACGUGGCGAGGCUGAGCCUGGGAGAGUUGUAUGUCUCUGAUCGAGAAGGAAGUGAUGCCACUGGUGAUGGGACCAAAGAAAAACCUUUUAAAACGGGCCUUAAGGCUUUGAUGACAGCGGGGAAGGAACCAUUUCCCACCAUUUAUGUGGAUUCUCAGAAAGAAAAUGCGAGGUGGGAUGUUAUUUCCAAGUCACAGAUGAAGAAUAUCAAAAAAAUAUGGCAUAGGGAACAAAUGAAGAGUGAAUCCCGAGAGCAAAGAGAGGCAGAAGACAAUUUGCGUCGAGAAAAAAACCUGGAAGAAGCAAAGAAGAUUACCAUUAAAAAAGAUCCAAAUCUGCCAGAGCCAGAAUGUGUAAAGAUUGCUGCUUUAGAGGCUUUUCGGGGGCAGCGAGUAAAAGUGUUUGGAUGGGUUCACAGGCUGCGCAGACAAGGGAAAAAUUUAAUGUUUGUGGUGUUAAGGGAUGGUACAGGAUAUCUUCAGUGUGUCUUAUCCGAUGAACUGUGUCAGUGCUACAAUGGCGUGGUGUUGUCCACAGAGAGUAGUGUUGCAGUGUAUGGAACAUUAAAGCUUACUCCAAAAGGCAAGCAGGCUCCAGGAGGCCAUGAACUGAGCUGUGACUUUUGGGAGCUGAUUGGCUUGGCUCCAGCUGGGGGUGCUGACAACUUGAUAAACGAAGAGUCCGAUGUUGACGUGCAGCUCAACAACCGACAUAUGAUGAUCAGAGGAGAGAACAUGUCAAAAAUCUUCAAAGCACGUUCAGCGAUUACUCGUUGCUUUAGGGAGCAUUUCUUUGAUAGAGGCUAUUGCGAAAUUACUCCCCCAACAUUAGUACAGACCCAGGUUGAAGGUGGCUCCACAUUGUUCAAACUUGACUAUUUCGGAGAAGAAGCAUUUUUGACUCAGUCAUCACAACUGUAUCUCGAGACCUGUAUUCCAGCUUUAGGAGAUGUUUUCUGUAUCUCCCAAUCAUACAGAGCGGAGCAGUCCAGGACACGCAGACACCUAGCAGAAUACACUCAUAUCGAAGCAGAGUGUCCCUUCUUGACCUUCGAUGACAUGCUGAAUCGUUUGGAGGACUUGGUUUGUGACGUGGUAGACAGAGUCUUGAAAUCACCUGCAGCAAGCCUGAUAUACGACCUCAACCCGGGCUUCAAACCCCCCAAACGACCUUUCAGAAGGAUGAAUUAUUCAGACGCCAUUGUGUGGCUGAAGGAGCAUGAUGUGAAAAAAGAAGACGGCACUUAUUAUGAAUUUGGAGAAGAUAUCCCAGAAGCUCCUGAGAGACUGAUGACAGACACCAUUAAUGAACCAAUCUUGCUGUGUCGAUUUCCUGUAGAGAUCAAGUCCUUCUAUAUGCAGAAAUGUCCUGAGGAUUCCCGGCUUACUGAAUCUGUUGAUGUGUUGAUGCCUAAUGUUGGUGAAAUUGUAGGAGGCUCAAUGCGUAUCUGGGAUAGUGAAGAGCUGCUAAAGGGUUACAAAAGGGAAGAUAUUGACCCCACUCCUUAUUACUGGUAUACUGAUCAGCGAACGUAUGGUGCUUGUCCUCAUGGAGGUUAUGGUUUGGGCUUAGAACGAUUCUUAACAUGGAUUCUAAAUAGAUAUCACAUCCGAGAUGUAUGCUUGUACCCACGUUUUGUUCAACGCUGCAAACCAUAACUGCCUCUUUGGAACAUCUUCAGUAGGAAAACGCAUUGUAAGAGAAGAUAUUUCCAACUUGUUUCAACUUCAUUCAGAGAUUGAAUGCUAGUAUAAAAUUGCUUGACUAUCCCAAUCCCUCAAAUGACAUUACAUUUAUUUUAUCAUUUUAAGAAAAACAGUUGAUGCCACGAAACACUUUGUGAUCUGUACAUUUCAGCUUUACAACUAACAUUCAGUUAUGGCUCAUAUCGGACUGAUUUGCUGUAUCUGCUCUAACACGUGUACUAGCUUUUGGUUACACGGAUUACUUUUUAAAAGCAUGCCUAAAGCAUUCUGAAAACAUCAUUUUUCUCUCAUGUUCAAUUGGAAUUAUGUAUUUGGUAAUUUAUAACAUCCAAGUCCAUCAAUUACAAAUUUAAAAAAUGAUUCAAAGAAAAAAGAUUGAGGAAAAUUGUUUAGAUUUUCUUGCUUUUAUUACAGUGGGGGGUUACGGUGAGGUAGACUUCUGUUUGCAAUUAUUAAUGUUCUGUUGUACAUUUUUUGACAUCUCUAGGCAUUCAAAAGUUUUAGUAAAAUUUUGGAACAAUUCUCAAUCUUUAAUAGAACUGUAAAUCUACUUAAUUUAAACCCAUUUUAGCAAGUAAUUUAUGUUCCUCCUUUAUUGUACUGCAAACAGAUGAAGAGAGAGUCUUGUGGAACAUUGAUCACUCCACUUCCCCUUCCAAUAGUUUUCUAAGGAGUUGGAAGCAAGAAUAAUUUUGAGUUCUGAAAGUAGCCAAAGUCUUGACAUAACUGAGGUUGUUUGCACCUCUUUAUUCUGCAUUACAAUGUUAUUUGGGUUACUUCAUAAGUAGAAAACAUGUUCCAUUCAGAUUUUGACAGUUUCCAAAGUGCGCAUGUCAGGUACAACAUACUGUAAUCUUGGUAAUCAAUAAAUUCAUGGCAAUGUGUAGAAAUGCU